AUGGCCACAGAUAUUGUCACUAACCUUGUGGCUUCCACCACUGAUGAUACUAGACUUGGCCACUCGACUAAAAUAUCCAGUACUAUCGAUUCAUUUAAUUCAAUUGGACAAAAUAGAUUUGUUUGGUAUCAUUUCAAUUCAUGGGUUUCAAAAAUUACUAAUUCUCAUUUCGUCCCCAAUAAUUUCGAUUUCAAUAAUGAGCAAUUACCUUUGACUUCAUUAUCACAUGUCGUUACCAUCAUUUCACUCUAUUAUAUCCUCAUCUUCGGCGGUCAAUUCUUAUUAUGUAAGUUCCAAAUAAAACCUUUCAAAUUCGAUCGAUUAUCCAAACUACAUAAUUUGGCUUUAAGUGCUACUUCUUUCAUUCUAUUGAUUUUAAUGGUCGAACAAAUCUUACCAAUCAUAAAAUCAAAUGGGAUCUAUUUCUCCAUUUGUAAUAAAAACUCAUGGAACCAACCCAUCGUAACUUUGUAUUACUUAAAUUAUAUUGUCAAAUUCAUAGAGUUCAUCGAUACAUUUCUAUUGGUAUUGAAACAAAAGAAAUUGACCUUCUUACAUACUUAUCAUCAUGGUGCUACUGCUCUAUUAUGUUAUACUCAAUUGGUGGGGAAAACUUCAGUAUCAUGGGUCCCAAUCUCGUUAAAUUUGGCAAUACAUGUUCUCAUGUAUUGGUAUUAUUUCCUAAGUUCUUGUAAUAUUAAAGUUUGGUGGAAACAAUGGGUUACUAAAUUACAAAUCGUUCAAUUCAUCAUCGAUAUUGGAUUUGUCUAUUUCGUGGCUUAUGAAAGAAUUGCUUUUAAAUAUUUCGCAAACACUUUACCGUAUUGUGGAGAAUGUACAGGUACUGAUUUUGCUAUUGGGCAAGGUUGUUUAAUCUUAUCAUCAUACCUUGUUCUAUUCAUUUCAUUCUAUAAAAAGAUUUAUAAGAGGAAAGCUGCGGCUUUACGGAAAACUUCAACCACUAAAAAACUUGUGUAA